AUGGAUGUAAAAAGUGCAUAUCAAACCCUAAUAAUGUCUUCUUCAAAAACCAAAAGAAACAAUUCUACCACCAAGCACCUCAUAAACUUCGCCGGAACAACAAUAGAGACAACCGUCACAAGCAACGCCGCCGCCGUCGACAAAUGGGUCGAAGACAUUCUCACCCAACACGGGUCACACCCCACCGUGGUUGGCCUUGAUGUUGAGUGGCGCCCACAUGUGUUUUCUUCAAUGAGCAACAAAUCGGCCACUCUUCAACUUUGUAUAGCCAAUAAAUGUUUGAUCUUGCAACUAUUCUAUCUUGUUAACGAUGAGAUCCCGCUUUCGCUCAAGAGUUUUCUCUUGAACACGAAUUUCACGUUUGUGGGUAUUGAAGUUGAUGAUGAUGUGAAAAAGUUGACAUGUGAAUAUGGAUUGGAAUGUGGUGCGACCGCAGAUAUUAAGGUUUUGGCGAUGAAGCGUUGGCCGGGGAAGUACUCGAGGCCGGGAUUGAAAGAUUUGGCGUUUGAUGUUUCGGGUUUGAAAAUGACCAAGGAGAAACAUGUUUGUAUGAGUAAUUGGGAAGCUAGGGUUCUUAAUGAUGGACAAGUUGAAUAUGCAUGUGUUGAUGCUUAUGCUUCGUAUAGGGUUGGUCUUGAACUUAUUAGUGAGAAUUUAGAAAUGGUUCAAUCUUUUGAUUAG